UGAGAAUGUCACACGUGUUCGCUUAAUCCUGCUUUACGUGCACCUGGAGUGAAUUGAACCGUGAGAACUGAGAUUGUACCCUGUGAUUGUACUCAGGGGGCGGACAAGAACGCUGCCCUUUCCUUCAGAUGCUGUGAGACUGCGGCGGAGAGAGUUUGGGCAUACGCAUUUGUUGGGGGGACUCGUUAGGACAGGUUCACACGGCAUUGCGUGCAGGAUUUAUGACACGAACGUCCAAAUAUGAACGCAACGGAGGAAUAAACGACAUUUUUUGCUUUUGUUUGUUUUAUUAUUAUUAUUAUUUUUUGCCAGGAUCUGGACAUGGACAUCAGUGGAUUUUUACACGUGUUGGAUUAAUAUGACCACGCCGUCGCAUUACUACCAGGCUCUCUUCCAAUUUGGGAAUAUUUGACACGCGUAAUAAGGAUCCUUUCCCCAUGCAGGCGAGAAUCAUGCUUUAUAAAAUCCUUGCUUUAAUAAUCUUACAAGGUGUGUUGAGGUGUGAUGCUCGGGUCAUAUCCGAGGUCAGCCCCGGAGGUGUGUCGGGACCCAGCACGGAGUUGAACUCCGGUGGAGUCGCGGCUCGAAAGAAUUCUGACGCGACGGAACCAAAGUCCAGAUCGAAGCGCUGCACCUGUUAUUCCUACAAGGAUAAAGAGUGCAUCUAUUACUGCCAUUUGGACAUCAUCUGGAUCAAUACUCCCGAACGCACGGUACCAUAUGGAAUGUCGAGCUACCAAGGAGUUCAGCGAAUGCGACGUGCUCUUGUUGGACGACCGAGUGGGCACGAGCAGAGAGACGCUCAGCGUUGCAUGUGUGCUUCUCUGGAUCAAGACGCAGACUGCCAUCACUUUUGUCAGUCAAGCUCUGUAGAGACUGGACCGAAAACAAGUUUUCACAGAGUCCCGAGGCCUGGCUGACAGUUGGACGCCUCUUCAUCUUCUGCCGUUUUCUUCAGGGAGUGGAUACAUCCCUCAUCUCCAUACCAGCAUUCUCUGUUUGGCACCCUUGCUUCCACAGGUACACUCCUAUUCAAGGAAAGAGCUUUGGAGAUUGACACUGCCGACAUUCCUGAGCAUCGUAACUCUGGGAGCAAGUUCCGUCAGGCUGAGCAGCUUUCAGAACACCUUCAGCAAAUUUGAAACACUACAGUUCUCCGGAGGCUAGUCCCUCUUUUUUUUUUUUUUUUUUAUGUUUUUACAUGACCUUGACCUUAUGCCAACCUUGAUUAGUCUCCCUUUUUUUGUAUUCAUGUCUGCUAACAUAUUGUGAACUACAUUUUCUUCCAAAACGAGGAGAGCUGUAAACGCUCAAUAAACCAUGGACGGCUUUUCUAUAUAAAUGGUGGAAAACAAAAUGUGAGUUAUGGAUGAAUGUACUGAAGCAGGGUACAAUUUUAGAAUACAUACGAAUGAUUAUGAAUAGACAAUGACCCUUCUUUAUUGCCGUGUUUUCUGAUAUUAUGUUUAAUGACAAAAUUGAGGACUCAUUUUGGACAGAUUAUUUUUAACAGAAAUAAUAUAAAAGUAUAUGAAUAAUAUUAAACAUGUAAACUCUGCUCUGUUCUGCCCUAGCUAACCUUAGCCCAAGAGAAAUGUGAUGUUAUUUUACACGUAUACAUAUUGUAAUUGAGAUUUCUAUAGAGCUCUAUAGAGGCCUGCAAGAAAUGAGCAUCAUCAUCAUCAAAAAAACAAACAAACAAACAAACAAAAAAAACAACAACUCACAAUAACACUGAGAAAGUUGACUGGAGCAUUGACUCUUUAGGUUUUAAAGAUUCA